AUGCUCGAGACGACGAUGAUGGUGAUGGAGGCCUUUGCCGGCUUCGAAGCCAAGGUCGAGUACGCCAUCAUGGGCCACAGCGGCGACGCGCCCGCGAUCCCCUUUGUCGCCUUCAACGAGCCGCCCGCCGACCGCAAGCAGCGCCUCCAGGUGCUGCAAAAGAUGCUGGCGCACUCGCAGUACUGCAGCAGCGGGGACCACACGGUGCACGCGAUCCACGACGCGGUGCGCAGCGUCACCAACGCGGACGGCGACGAGUACUUUGUGUUUGUCGUAAGCGACGCCAACCUCGACCGGUACGGCAUCCACCCCAAAGUCCUCGGGCGAGAGCUCGCCGCCGACAGCCGCGUCAACGCCCACGCCAUCUUCAUCGCGUCCUUUGCCGACGAAGCGACUCGCAUCCUCUCGCACCUCCCGCCGGGCCACGGCCACGUCUGCCUCGACACGUCGGACCUCCCGCGCGUCUUCAAGCGCAUCUUUACGUCGUCGCUGCAAAAGUGA